AUGUCUAACCAAGAAAACUUACCAGAAUCAGUUCUCAAUUUGCUUAAUUCGAGUAGAUUUAUUCAUUUAGCAACGUGUUUGGAUAAUAAACCUCAUGUCUCGUUGAUGAAUUACACAUUCUUCCACAAGGGCGACGACAACAUUAUAAUCAUUUCCACUCCAAGAAACACAACAAAGUAUAAAAACAUGGUUUCCAAUCCAAAUGUUUCUAUUUUAAUUCAUGAUUGGAUUUCAGUUAAAGGGAAUGCAGAUACACUGCAAGACGAAUCGUUGUCGCGCCGCAGAAGCAAUUCCCUUUUUGAAUUGCUUGCUAAUUUCAAUAAGAAUGAAUUGAGUAGAGUGUCUGUGAUGCUUGAUGGUCAAGCCAGAAUCCUUGAUGGGACCAAAGACUGUGCCAAUUUUGAUUUUUACAAAUCUUUGCAUUUAAACAACCCAAAGAUUGACCAUAACCAAGUCAAAAACUAUAUUGAAUGUGAUGAUAAUGCAUUGAUAGUAAUCGAUGUCACUGGGUGUAAAGUCACCGAUACCGACAACAAUGUUGAACAAUACUAA